CGAGUUUCGCCAACGGGACUGUUACUUGCCGACUAGCUUGACGGAAAGUGAUUCAGUUCUCUUCACAUUUCCUCUGGAGUAAGACGUAGAAAAAACAACGUCGUAGAGUCUGUCAACCUAUAUUUUAAAACAAACAAACAGCAAGUAGGAGAACAUGGGUGCACCGAAACCGAUUGAAAACGAGAAGCCUCCAAACCAGGAAGAAUCCACUUCUAGUCUCGGAGAUGACGAAGCGUUCAACGCAGACAUCAUUCUCGAACAUUUGGGCAAAUUUGGCUGGUUUCAAUUGAAAUACUUACUCUGCAUCGGAUACGGCCUUCUCUUCCCGACGUCCUGCAUUUUAAUUUACGUCUUCGUAGGAGCCACCCCAUACCACAGGUGCUUUGUCGACGGAUGCGAUGAUCCCGUUGACCCAGUCUACAAAGCUGAUUGGCUUAACGAGUCGAAUGCCCUCAACAGUCUUCUCAGUUCUCCUCGGAAUAAGGGAUGGCAGUGCAACUUUACAGAUUUUGGGAACAUACCGAACGCUUCUAAACCAGAGUGCGCCUACAGCAAUUACACUGCGAACGUCAAAUGCGAUCAGUGGGUUUUCGACAAAUCCGUCUUCACCAGUACAAUCGUUACUGAUUAUCUCCUGGUAUGUGACGAAUCGUGGAAAGUUACGUUUGGUUCGUUUAUUACCAUGUUGGGUGUGUUACUGGGCGCUUUUUUCCUAGGUCCUCUACCCGAUUUGAUCGGACGACGAACGUCAGUUGUCGUCCUAGGAACAUGGAUUGCUUCAUUUGGCAUUGGUUCGUGCUUCGCUCCCAAUUUUGACGCUUUUGCAGCGAUUCGAUUUCUCACGGGUAUGGGUGGUGUUUCCGUUAUGCAAGCGCUCAUCAUUUGGGGACUUGAAGCGCAGCGUCCGGCGAUGCGAAUCAAAUUUAUUUGCCUCAUUUAUUGUUUCCAAUCUAUUGGAAACCUCAUCAGUGGAUGUUUGGCAUAUUUCAUCCGUGACUGGGUAACGCUGCAACUCUGCAUAUUUGUGCCGAUGGGGACGAUGGUUGUUACCUACUUCAUUUUACCCGAAUCGACUCGCUGGUUAACGGUUAAAAAGAGGUACCCAGAAGCGAAAGUGAUUUACGAAAAUGCGGCGAAAUUAAACAAGAAAGAAAUCCCUCCCCAUUUGCUGGUCAUUCCGUCUGAAAUCCCAGCAAAAUCCGUUGAGGCCGGUGAAGCAGAAGGAGCCCCGGCCGCGGCUGCUUCUCACGAUUCAAACCCCAUCGGUUCGGCUUUAAAAGUUUUAAAGACGCGAUGCCUACUAGUUCGUCUUUUGAUCCUCUGUGGCACUUGGCUUGCCCAGUUUUUGUGCUAUUACGGUCUAUCUUACGCGGCAUCGAAUUUGUCCGCCGAUAUUCACUUUAACUACAUUUUAGUCAUAUUGGUGGAAAUUCCGGCGUACGUAACUGGAAUGUUCGCUAUGGACUAUUUUGGAAGAAGACCUAUCCUGAACUUUACUUUGAUAGUGGGUGGAUCAUUCUGCCUUGUUGCCGGCCUAAUUUCCAAAGAGUUCAAUACCGUCAUCAUUGUAUUCUCGCUAAUGGGCAAAUUUUGUACCUCCAUGUUAACGGUGGCUAACAACGCCUUUACGUUUGAGCUAUUCCCUACUGUUUCGCGAGGAAUCACUAUCGCUUUGUGCUCGACGAGUGGAAAAGUGGGAGCGAUUAUCGCCCCUUAUAUUGCGGCCAUGGGUAUCGUCAAUCGCAGUCUACCUUAUGUCAUUUUUGGAGCCAUCAGUUUGGCCAUUGGAGUUUUGACACUGUGGCUACCGGAAAGUAAAGGUCGUGGCACUCCAGCAACCGUACAAGAGGCUAUCGACUUGGAAAACACAAGAAUUGAUAUUAUAUCAUAUUUCCGCCGUUUCAAGAAAUCAGCUUCGACGGACGCUACUGAUAAUUCUGCUACCCCGCCAUCCGUCAGUUCAUAGCCUUUCCAACAACCAACUUAUGGAUUCUAUGUUUACUCGACAUGUAUUUAACCUUUGUCGACAUGUAAAAAGUAAAUAAAUCUAACCGCUUUAUCAAUUAA